AAAGCAACCCCAUAAACUCAACUCCUGAUCUCUCUGAUAAACCAGAUCGAGAGAAAAGAGAAUAUCUGGAGAACAGAUCGAGCGAGAUAACCCGAGAGCAAGAAGAGGGCGAGCAUGGUGGACGUCGUGACGGGGGCCAUGGCCUCCCUGCUCCCCAAGCUGGAGAAGCUCCUCGAGCACAAGCUGCACAGGACCGUCAAGGAAGACGCGGAGCAGCUUCUGAGGGAGCUGACGAGCCUGCACGCUGCCCUGGGCAGCGGCCCCGACCCGCGCUGGGCCGACGACUGCAGGGAGCUGUCCUACCACGCCGACGACAUCGUCGACGCCUACCUGGCGGCCAGUGAGCCCGCCGCCUGCCGGGACGGCUGCCUAGGGUUCCUGGACAACUUGCUGGGCCCUCGCCGUUGGUUCGCCAACGCCCUCAAAGACGUCAAGAGCCUGGCCCUGCAUCUGUCCGACAGGUACAGUAGCACCGAUAAAGAUAAGCUCGUUCCAGCCACCGCACCCACCGGGCCAUCGCCGCAUCUGUGGAAAGAGGCGGAGGAGCCGCUCGUCGGCAUGGAGCGCGGGAGGGAUACUCUAAUCAAGAGCCUUGCAGGCGGACAAGAGAUGAAGAUAGUCUCCAUUGUGGGUUCUGGGGGAUUGGGGAAGACGGCUCUUGCUAAUCUCGUCUUCCGUCAGCUCAGGCCACAAUUCGGUUCGUGUGCUUUUGUUUCAGUCUCCUCCAUGCCUGAUAUGGAGGGGAUUUUUGACCAGAUGCUUCGUCAGCUUAAUGUGGAGAAAAAUUACAAUCAAGAAGCAAAGGAUGCAGUUAGGGAUUUCCUUCAGAGCGAAAGGUACCUGAUCAUAGUUGAUGAUUUAUGGAGGAAAGAAGAUUGGCAUAUUCUAUCCCGCAGCUUGCCCGUUAACGCUUUUGGUAGCAGAGUAAUUGUUACAACUCGAGUUAAUGACAUAGCAAAGAUAUGUUGUUCUGGCCAAGAUGAGUUGAUAUGUGAAAUUAAGCAUCUUGAUCACCUGAACUCCAAAUCAUUAUUUCUACGGAGAUGCUUUGGCUCUGAGGCCAGCUGCCCUGAUGCACUUGCAAGAGAAGUUGGUGAGAUCUUGGCAAUAUGCAGUGGCAUUCCUUCAGUAAUUAUAACCAUUGCUGAGUUGCUCAAUAGCAAAGUAGCCACAAGGAAACCAUGUCAGGAUGUGGUGCACGCUUUCUGUUCUGCUUGGAAAGAGAUGGCAAGCUCUUUACACUCUGCACGGGAGCGUAUUCCUGGUUUGGAGGACUUGAUAAAGGUUCUAUCACUCAGCUACGAGAACCUUCCCAGCACUCUGAAGACCUGCUUGCUGUGCAUAGCUACAAGUACAACCGUCAAGUACCGAAAGUUUAAAAGGGGCGAAACAGUUAGGAAAUGGAUUGCCGAAGGAUUUAUCUCUGAAGUUGGGUGGCGCAGCAGUGAGGAAGUGGCGAACGAAUGCUUUGAUGACCUCGUCGGCAGCAAAGUGAUUCAGCCUGUGGAACGCCCAUCCUUUUAUGGGAAGGGGAUGUAUGAGGUCAACUGCAUGAUGCUCUACGUUCUUAGACUGAUAGCACGAGAAGAGAACUUGGUCACCUUUCUGUCCGACAUGGACAUUUCAGAGACACCUGCAACGAGGCCUGUCUUUCUUUCUAUCCGAUGCUGUGGCUCAAACGGUUUAAAUGGCACAGAAAGGUUGGAUAUGUCGCAUGUUCGUUCCAUAACCAUGAUCCGCUGUGACAAGGUGUUUACGUUUAAGCAUUUGGGGUAUCUGCGAGUGUUGAAUGUGGAGGACUGUGAUGGUUUGGACGAUACUGAUGUACACCACAUAUGCGGAAUGAUCCUGCUGAAGCACCUGAGUCUGAAAGAGACACCACAAGUCACUAGGCUUCCUCCACAAAUCGGGAACCUACGACAUCUUGAGACUCUAGAGAUCGAGCUGACCCAAAUCAGUGUUCUCCCACCACAGAUAGGGAAGCUGCAAAAUCUUGAGACACUGGAUGUAAGGAUGACAGGAGUGAAAGAGCUGCCCGAGGAACUCGUCAUGCUUCCCAAACUAGCAAAUCUGCAUUUUGGCCGAACUGGGGUGAGGCUACCUGCCGGAAGUGACCGCUUCAAGUCAGUCAAGGUGCUGGGCACCAUUGAUUCGAGGGAAUGCUCGGCAAGCACCCUGGAGGAGAUUAGAGAGAUGACUGGAUUGACUAAGACUGAAGUCAUGCUGUAUGAUGAGCCCGCCGACGUGCCAAAAAAUGACAAUCUAUUGUCUUGCAUGGGCAAUUGCACUAGUCUGCGGUCCCUAAUAGUUCAUGGUGAUUUCAUUACGAGUGACGACCUUCCUGCAUCUCCCAACUUUCCUCUACUUGAAAAGCUAACGGUGGCCACAAGAUUGGUUAAAUUUCCCGGGUGGAUCGCACAUCUCAGUCGUCUUAAGAAGCUAGAAAUCAGGCUCUUUGAACAAGGACUAAACGAUCUCAAGAUACUUGGAGAUCUGCCCAGCCUCACUAGCCUUGCAUUCCAGCUGUUUGGCAACCCACGAAAACAAGUCGCAAUAACUUCAGGUUUCGCCAGACUUGAGUUUUUCGCUUUCGACUACUCUGCGCCGUGGGUAAAGUUUGAUCAGGGAGCCAUGCCAAGCCUGAGACACAUCGAGCUGACACACUAUUCUUCUGGCCCAGCAGGUAAAAGCCCAGCGGGUAUCAUAUAUCUUGAGAGCCUGCAGAAGGUCACCCUCAUCUACUCUUCACACUGUUCAAGUUGUGCUGGCGUCAUCAAGACAGUUGCUGUCAUGAGGAAGGAAGCUGCCAGCCAUGCUAAUCGAAUUGUGCUUUCUGUUAAUGGUGACGAUGAGAUUUUCCCAUCCAUCUCAAGUGUUGACGGAAAGAUUACUACAACCGAAAACGAGUGUUAGCUUCCCUACUACUCUAUGUGUGGGUGUAUGUUCUCAUGGGUGCAAUUUUAUUCAUAAUCCUUUUCUUGAAAAAAUAAUAAAAAAUAAUAAUACAAAUUUCAACAAGUUCUGAAAUAAUAUCACAUGUAUAUAAUUUAUAGGUGUAUUCUAUAUAUGUGUAAUUUUUCAUUCGAAGAUACUUGAACAAGUGAGCUGUCCAAAUAUUUGUCUCUAUUGUGUUGCUCACAUGUUAAAA